GUGACAGUAACAUAACCUCAAAAAUUAAAUGUUUGGGAAGUUUUCCACGCUUUAUUGCAAAGUUUUGUGAAUUUUAGGGAAAAAUUGUGGAAAUCUGUGGGAAAUAGAGUGAAAAUUAACAAUGGUGAUGAAGAGGAAAAAGCUGAAACAGCUUCUCACAACUGAAAAUGCUUUUGUGAGUAAUUUACUUCUCCUCUGCGACGUUCCCGAUCCCGAUAAUGACGACGAGGAUGUUUUGGAUGACACAGAAGACCUCAAGAAUGCCAAACGGAUGAAGUUAAUGCUAAAAAAGACUCCCGCAGAGCUAAAAGCAGCAGCUGAAGCGAGAAAUUCCAAAAACGAGGAAUUUGUAAAGAAUCGCAAAACUAAAAAUCCCAACCAGAAGAAGGAUAAAGCCUCACGGAAAGAGAAGAGGAUGAAGGGUAAAAUGAUUAAAGUUCCAAAAGAGGAAGUCGUCACAGUGAAGAAGGAAGUGAGGGAAGAAAAGACGUCGGAAGGGAAGAAAUUCAACGAGGGCGAGAAGAUAAUUUUCAACAAAAUCGACUUUGAUUCCACGAAGAAGCGCAAAGGGGGUAUUAAUAACCCCCAGAAAGCCCUUGAGAAACUCAAUGAGACAAAGGCGAAAAUCCGCGGGAUGAUGAAUGCGGGAGAAACGGAAAAGGCACUCGCAGUAAAAAGUGGUUUAGCGUGGAAGAAGGCUUUUGAGCGGAACGAGGGGAAGAAGGUGAAGGACAAUAAGUUUGCACUGAAGAAGAGUAUCGACCGGAGGGAGGCACAGAAGAAGAAAUCCGCCAAGGAAUGGCAGGAGAGGAAGACAAAGGUUCAAGGGAAAAUUGAGGCACGCGCCAAACAAGUUGAGGAGAAUAAGAAAAAGAAAAUGCAAGAAAAACUCAAGAAAAAGGUCAAGAGGUUGCACAAAAAGGGGAAAAUUGUCAAUGUUUGAAAAAAAAAAGAAUUUUUAUUGAAAAAUAAAAAAAAAAUAUUUUU